GGUGAAGUGUUGAAUGGAGGGCUGGAGGGAUAUGUAGUUGUUAAGGCAUUUAUUUAAAAAAAUUUAAAAGUGGAAUGAGGACCGAGCUGUGUUAACGAAUCUGCACAAGAGUUUUUUUAAAUGAAUGCGUGAAUUGUAGGAUCUCAAGAUUGCGCAGAAUGCUCGAUCUGAGCACAUGGGUGUCUGUAUUCAAAGGUGUGAUCGUAUACCAAAGUCAAUGACUGAUGUCCCAACCUUGACUGCAGAUAAGGGUGGUGUUGGCAUCAUUGGGACAAAUGCUUUUAUGGGCAUACAUGUAGUACAUACCAGUUACUUGAGGUUAGGGUUUCUAAGAAAACAGUAGAUUUUUUUGUUUGAACUUACUAAAAUUAUCCCCCAUUAGUUUUGAAUCAAUACUGAACCAGUUUUGUGCGAACUUGCACAGUCAUUAAUCAAAUUCAUUUUUUUGAUUGGAAACCCUGUUUGAGAUAUCUUCACAAAUCCUUUGGGUUUGAUGGUGACCUCUUCAUCUUGCAUGGUGUGUUCUUUCUUCAUAGACCCUAUCUCAGAGCUCAAAUCAGUCAUUUCUUGGAACUGCGAAGGGAGCUCAAGCUGCAAAACACCUUGGUGUCCAUGGCGAAAGCCAACUUUUUAAAGUUGCUUUUGAAUGGAGUGUAUGGGUACUGUUUAGCGAGAAUAAACAGUCCCUCCUCUCCGUUUAGUUGUGAGAUUAAGCUCGGGUUAAAAAGGGUACGCCAGAUGCUUGAAAGACAUCCUGAAAACAUUCUAAGAAUCAACAAGAUAUCCUCUUCGUAUGCUGUUGUAACUCGUCGGAGCUAUGACUCUGAGAGUUGUGUCAGCUCUCCGUUGAUUGGAGUUGGCGCUACAAUUCUGGGAACCUCCAAGGUGAUCUUGCUGGAGAGUAUGAUGUUCUUGUUACGCUACCUCGAUCCUCGGAUGGCCGAGCUAGUGUAUUGUGAUACGGAUUCUGUAUUUUUGAGUCUUGCCCAUGACACUCUGGAAGAAAACGUUCCUUUUGAAUUGCGUGAAGAAUUUUUGGCUCAGCUUGGAAGGUACGUGGAUAGUCCCACUAAACUCAGUGGAUACUUGCUUUUGGAAAAUGUCUGUCUGGGGUGUACAAUUUUCGGGGAGAAAAUGUACACUCUCUUGGGUGAAUCUGAUUGUUUGAUCAAAACAAGGAUGAAAGGUGUCCAGAAAUCAAACCUAAGCAGUUUUACUCUGGAGGAGGGGAUGCAACUCCAAUCCAAUGGGGUGUCUCUGGUUUCUAGUGUGAACACGAUGAAGCGGGUAAAUGAUGGUACCAUAUCUUUAGUGGCAGAACGGAAGCGUUUUAAACUUGCGCUCCGACCAAGAAAGCGAUGCUUCAAGUCUAGUGGACAGCACAGUCUUCCUUGGUGUUAGGCUCUUUUUAUAUUGUGAGUGUAUUGUGCAUAUUUUUGUGUGAUUAUUUCAGAAUGAGUAUAAUGUCAAGUACUGAUACUUUGAUGGUCCAAGCACCUCAGGACAGCGAGCUAGCUGGGUUCAUCCGGUCGCUGGGUCGUGAUCCAAAUGGUAUCUGCCUUGGGACCUUGGAACACUUGAUAAUUAAAUAUAUCAGUUACUUUCGCUUAAGGGAUGCCACCAAUCCUUCUAUGAUUUGGUCGAAUGUACGGUUGACAAAUAGUUUGUCUUCAAAUCGGGUGUUUCAUGCCACACAAUUACGGGGCAUCUUGUGUGGUCUUGUGACUGCCUGCAAUGGGUCUCGGAUCCACAGAGUUACAGGGAGCUCAUCAAUCUUUACAGACUGGAUGCAGGCUGGGAAUACAUUCUUUAUAAGUGAAGCCUUACGAGCGAUAUUGAUGCGAGAUUAUUUACCGGUGGGUUCUAAGUCGGUGUUCACACUAGAGGAAAUCAAAGCUUAUAUUUCGGGAUACCUCAUGCGUCGGUCUCAGGAUUUAACAUAUCACAAUAACAAGGAUGCUUUUGUUGUACAAGGAGAAGAGUUGGGAGGGGUAUUGGGUGUGAACAGUUUUUAUCGAAG